AUGUCAUCGCAGCUGAAAGAUAUACCUACAGUUGGGUCGUCUGGUAUUAUCACGUCUUGGAUAGACGCGUUCCGGUUUGUCUUCCACGCGAAGGAGAUCAUUCAGGAAGGUUAUAACAUACACUACGGGAAAGCCUUCAAAGUGCCGUUGCUCGACAAAUGGAUGAUCGUAGUGAGCGGCUCAGAGAAGAUCAAUGACAUUCGAAAAGCCUCGAAUGAGCAGUUAUCUGCUACGGACGCGGGUCAAGAGCUUUUCCAGUUCGACCAUACGAUGGGAAAGAGCGUCAGCGCCGACCCUUAUCAUGCAGGUGUUGUGCGAGGCCCGCUGACCCGCAAUAUUGCUGUGCGUUUUGCGGAUGUUCAGGACGAAAUCAAGGCAUCCUUCAAAGAUGACAUACCUAUGACUGAAGACUGGAUAGAAGUCCCCGCGUACAAGACAUUUUUAGAAAUUAUAUGCAGAGCAAGCAACCGGAUGUAUGUUGGACUUCCUCUUUGUCGCAAUCGCGAUUACAUCAACCUCAACAUCAAUUACACCGUCAAUGUUAUUGCCUGCGCUCAUGUCAUCAACCUUUUCCCCCCAAUCCUAAAGCCCAUCGUGGGCUCUAUCUUCACGCCUCGCAGACGUGCGGUGGCCAAGAUGGAGCAAUUACUUGGUCAAACUAUACAGGAACGACUACAUCAAGAUGAUGUGCAUGGCAAAGAUUGGCCGGGAAAGCCGAACGAUGUUCUCUCUUGGCUCAUUGAUGCGACAGAUGGUGACCGUGAACGGCGUACAAUACAGGACUUGGUCACUCGAUUACUUUUCAUAAACUUUGGGUCUAUUCAUACGACGUCUAUGACAUUUGUUACCGUUCUGUAUGCAUUAGCUGCUCAUUCUGAAUAUGUGCAGACCCUUCGAGACGAGGUCGAAGCCGCAAUUGAAGCAGAAGGCUGGACGAAAGCCGCAAUGAGAAGGAUGUGUCAGCUUGAUAGUUUCUUGAAGGAGUCACAGAGACUGUACGGCGGCAUCGGUACCUUCAGCAUGUUACGCGUCGUUAAGAAAGAUUUUGUCUUUUCGGACGGAACCACUGUUCCUGCUGGCAAUCACCUCUCCGCUGCAGCUUAUUCCACGCAUAUGGACGAGGAGAACUACGAGGACCCACUAGAGUUCAAACCGUGGAGAUUUUCUGAUAAGAGGAAAGAGGAGGGUGAGGGCACCCGCCACCAGAUGGUCACGCUCGACUCGGAUUAUGUUCUUUUUGGUAACGGACGCCCGGCGUGCCCUGGCCGGUUUUUCGCCGUUAAUGAGCUCAAGGCCCUCAUGUGCCAUAUUCUCUUGAACUUUGAUGUGAAGAUAGACAAAGUUCCCCCGCCUGGAUGGUUCCUUUCUCAGCAGUUCCCAAGCCAGAGCAGUAAGGUGCUGUUCCGCAAGAGGGCACCUGCGUUAUGA